ACUACCUCGCUAUACCACAACCCGCUCUCGACGAGUGAUGGACACCGCCGGCGCCUGGCCGCAUUUUGAAGGGCAAGAGUACAGGACGGUGUGGCCGGAGGAGGAAUACCGGACGGUGUUGUCGGAGCCGCCGAAGCGGCGGGCGGGGCGGAACAAGUUGCAGGAGACGCGCCACCCGGUGUACCGCGGCGUGCGCCGCCGUGGCCGGGAAGGGCAGUGGGUGUGGGUGUGCGAGCUGCGCGUGCCGGCCGCCGGAAGCCGGGUUUACUCCAGGAUCUGGCUCGGCACCUUCGCCGACCCCGAGAUGGCGGCGCGCGCGCACGACUCGGCCGCGCUCGCGCUCUCCGGCCGCGAUGCGUGCCUCAACUUCGCCGACUCCGCCUGGCGGAUGAUGCCCGUCCACGCGGCCGGGUCGUUCAAGUUGGCUGCCGCUCAGGAGAUCAAGGAUGCCGUCGGCGUCGCCCUCAAGGCGUUCCAGGAGCAGCAGCGCCCUGCCGACGCGUCAAAGGCGCCAUCCUCCACGGACUCGACGUCCGAGGAGAGCGCGCCGUCCAUCACCUCCAGCGACUUGUCUGGGCUGGACGACGAGCACUGGAUCGGCGGCAUGGACGCCGGGUCGUACUACGCAAACUUGGCGCAGGGCAUGCUCAUGGAGCCGCCGGCCGCCGGAGCGUGGCGGGAGGACCGCGAACAGGACGACGGCGUCGACACGUCGCUGUGGAGCUACUAGUUGGACGGAUUUGGAUGUGUAAAGUUGUAGAGGGCGAGCAGCACUGUGUUUUUACCAGAUGUGGGAAGAAGAGAGAGUAAGCGUCGGGGGAAAGUUUUCCCUCAAAUG